GUUAGUUUCUAUAAACCUACACUCUGAAAUGCUUCUCCUCCUUGUUCUUUUUAUCAACUCUGUUGCAGGCGAAAGUGAAACAGCACCUUACCAAGUUUUGAAAGAGCAUGAUGGUUGGGAGGAGAGAGAGUUCCCAACCACUAAAUGGAUAUCAACCAAAGUGGUUUCAAAAGAGGGUGUUCAAGACUCACCAGAACAUUCUAAAGCCUUCAGAAAACUGUUCAACUACAUUGACGGUCAAAACUCACAGGGGCUAAAAAUACCCAUGACAACUCCAGUCACGGAAAAGAUAUUUUUAAGUGAUUCCGGAAGCAAUUUCACAAUGUCCUUCUACAUCCCAUCCAAUCUACAAAACAAUCCUCCUUUACCAAAGGACUCAACGGUCUUCAUUGAAGAGCGAGCAGCGAAUAAGCACGUGCACUGGUCAAAGGUGGUGUCAAAGAGGUUUGGAGGUAGACCUGAUGAUGCUGAAUACAGUAUUCAGGCUGAAGAGCUCUAUCUGCUGGCGGUCAGAGCAGGGCUAGAUGUUUCUAUUAUUCCUCGUUGGACUGCUGGCUAUGAUGCUCCGGAUGUUGUGAACAACAGAAGAAAUGAAGUUUGGUUGCAAAUCAGAAGUAGUUAAUUAAGAAAUUGAGUUUUAGCCACAAAACUCUUAAUUUUCCCAUCUCUGAAUAUAUUUCAAACUACGAAGUAA